GAAGUGGAGGAGCUGCUGCUGCCGCUGCCGCCGCUGCUGCUGGGGCCGCAGGAGGGACGCGCUAGAGCGGGGCCGCCGGGAUUGAGCGAGCGACCGACGCGCCACCCGCCCACUCCGCAGCCGCUUGGGGCCCGCACGGACCCGCUACCUGAGUGUAGAAUGAGCCAAGGAGAUUCGAACCCAGCAGCUAUUCCACAUGCAGCAGAGGAUGUUCAAGGAGAUGACAGAUGGAUGUCUCAGCACAACAGAUUUGUCUUGGAUUGUAAAGACAAAGAGCCUGAUGUACUAUUUGUGGGAGACUCCAUGGUGCAGUUAAUGCAGCAGUAUGAGAUAUGGCGAGAACUAUUUUCCCCACUUCAUGCACUUAAUUUUGGAAUUGGGGGAGAUACAACAAGACAUGUUUUAUGGAGACUAAAGAAUGGAGAACUGGAGAACAUUAAACCUAAGGUCAUUGUUGUCUGGGUAGGAACAAACAACCAUGAAAAUACAGCAGAGGAAGUUGCAGGAGGUAUCGAGGCCAUUGUACAGCUUAUUAACACAAGACAGCCGCAAGCCAAAAUCAUUGUAUUGGGUUUGUUACCUCGCGGAGAAAAGCCCAACCCUUUGAGGCAAAAGAAUGCCAAGGUGAACCAACUUCUCAAGGCUUCUCUGCCGAAGCUCACCAACGUGCAGCUCCUAGAUACAGAUGGAGGUUUCGUGCACUCGGACGGUGCCAUCUCCUGCCAUGACAUGUUUGAUUUCCUGCAUCUCACAGGCGGGGGCUACGCAAAGAUUUGCAAACCCCUCCAUGAACUGAUCAUGCAGUUGCUGGAGGAAACACCGGAGGAGAAACAAACCACCAUUGCCUGACUGGCCCACAUCAGUGUUAAUAGUGUCCCAGCUUCCUGAGAUCAGUUGUAUCACUGGCACUACAGAUCCUCUUUCUUAAGGCACUUUGCAUUGUAGGAUGUUCCUGGAUGCUCGUAUCUAGUGUUUGAAGGGGAGGAGGGGUUUAAACUGGUCCUGUAUAUAGAGGGUUUAUUUGACACAGGAGAAAUUAGCCAAGGAAUAUUGUUGUUGAAUUCAUUUGAAACCAGAGGGGACUUUUUAGUUGUAUGUGUGACACCUUCAUUGAAUUAUCACUGUUUUUCCUAGAACAUCGUCAGGCUCAAGUACUGAAAAAUACAAAGAUUUUUUGCUUGGCCUUUUUCUGUGGAUUAUGUUAUACAUCAUUAUCAGAAUCACACCUACUUAGCUAUAAAACAAGCCAUUUCCCCCCCCAGGGUUUAAGGUUUAUAAUUUAGCCUUUUGUAUUUUGUUUCACUCAUAUUGUGUGUGCAGUGUUUUCUGAACAUACACAUCAGAUUAAGCAUGCUUGUCACUCAAGUCUGGGAGAUGUUCUAGUUCCAAGUGAAUUUCUUCCACUCUUAAAUUUUCCUAAGCUUAGCAGUGAAAAGCAGGUUUUACCCCCUCUGGGGAACUCUUUGGAGGACAUUAUUUUUAUGCUGCUGAAUAUCAUGUCUAUAAUAGACCCAUGCAUGCAGCCCUUUCUUCCCUUCUCUCUCUCUGUCUCUCUCUCUCUUCCUGUUACUUCUUUUUUACUGUAUUUUUGAACUAGGACCUCAAUUGCUGGAAGUGUAUGUUCCCAGCCAGUUACUCUCGUGAUAUUACUGAUACAUGCUUCAUUCCUGUGUGGCGCUCUGUGCUGUGGAGUCUGUGUGGUGUUACUCAUACUAAGAGUUCUGGUUGGUUUUUCCAUUAAAGCCUGUUAACAUUUCUUUUUCUAUUUUUUUAACAUCUUUUUUUGAAAAAUAAAAAAUCAGAACUCUCUCCCAUUCCAUAACAUCUGACAUUAUGUCAAGUCUUACAGUAUCUUAAGGUGUGUUUGUGGGGUUUUUGUGUUUUUUGUUUUUUUCAGUUCUGGGGAUCAACCUAGGGCCCACACAUGCUAGGAAAAUGCUGUACCACUGAGCCUCACUCCCAGCCCUAUGUUUUAUUUUAUAUUGAGUUCUUAAAUUAUAUUGGUCAAGAAAGAUUUGGCUUUUUUCAUGGGGAAACAGUGAAUCUGCUCUCAGAACAGGCAUCGUGUGUUUACAUCAGCAUUUUACUUAGAAGGAACUAAGUCCAUCUUGACUUGUAAGGUUUCUCACUAAUGUACCUUCAUCUGAAAAUCUCUUUCAAGAGAGGCCCUUAUAAUCUCAAUGGCUUGCUUGAGCCAAAAGAACUUCCACUCAGAAGAAGAAUAACAAUGAAUGGCUUGUUACUGAAUGUACCUGUGAAAUACUGACAAACUGGAUCUACAAACUUGUUCAAGCUGGACCAGGUUGGGUAUUGAAGUAACCCAUCAAAAUGUGCGCUGCAGUGAUUCUGUUUAAUGUUCAAAUUCACUGAAGUAUGUGGUUUAUGUUCUGCUCACAAAGCAAAUGAGGAGGGAGGCUUCCUGUGUUGGAGUAAGGCUUAUUGAUUUGUUCUAAGAUCCGCUUCUGACUGGGAAGGAUGAAACUUGGGCUGUGUGUGUGUGUGUGUGUGUGUGUGUGUAGCCUCUUUCUAGGAAUUUGCUUUUGUCUUCUAGUCUUCUGAAUGUAUCAUGUCAUUAACAGAAAAUACACAUGGUGUUUACUAAACUUGUUUACUAUAUUGAAAUUUUAUUUUUAGUAGCCCAGGUUCUUGAGUUUUUCAAAACAGUUUUUUUUUUUUUUUUUUCACCUUACAUGAGGUAUAGUUUCAAGAAGAAGAGUUAAGCCAGAAUUUUGUGUGCACAAGGACAGUUGCCUGUUGAGGUUUUUUUGUGUCUGUCAGAGGGUGGGAGUAUGGUCCAAAUAAACCCAUUAGGUUACUCCUGUAGCAUGUGCUUUAGCUUCUCUCUUGACUGCGUAUCAAAAUUCCUUUGUGAGCUGGCCUGCAGCUCCUUUGUUUAUGUGUAUAAACCUCAGAUGUUACUACAUUUUAUAUCUGCCAGAGCUCUUCAAGCGAUAGUGUUUGAACCACUAGUCUUUUAAAUAAAAUUCUGCCCUAUUGCCAAUGUGCAGAUACUGAGUCCACUGUCAUUUCUUGCCAGAUAUCUUUGCAGUGCUUUAGACAAAAAGCAUUCGUCUGUUUUUCUUUGGGUAACACCCCAAUUUACUUUAGUGACAGAAUUUACUGCCAAGUCUGUACUUUUUAAAAUGUAUACAUUUCAUGCUUUGUCCAUGUCUAUGUUGUCACUGUGGAGGGACCAACUUUCUAGGCAGUGAGCAGAGGCAUUGUUCUGUUUCCUUUCCUAGUGGAUUUUAAUCCCUCUCCCCACCAUUCCUGCUACAGGGCAGCCAGUAACCGAACUAUUAAGAUCUGUGCGGUCUAUCUCAGAAGUGGUGGGAUGAGGGGAGACGCACUGCCAUGGACAGUCUAAAGCACAUUGUUUUGCUGCCGUACCUUAUAGAUGGCGCUGGACAGUUCUCUGGCUACCAUGUUGGCUCUCUCUGAACUGUUGACAUGUGCUUACACCUGGAUUUUCAUUCAAAACUUUAACUCAGUACAACAAAUCUUAAAUAGCUCAUGCCCUGUUAAGAAUUGUAAUGUUAAAAACAAAAA